GUAUUUCAGUCCGUUACACUAUAAACGAUAGGUCACGAUUCUUGUAAUUUGCAGGCGCCAAGUGCCGGGUCAAAUAUAUAGCCAGAGCACAGCUCGCCAAGCGCAGCUUUCCUAGCAAAGCGUCUCAGGUGGCAUACCACCUAGUUUUCCUUCUAUACGUAUCUUGGUUGCGCUACAAUCUUAGAGGCACGCAGGCGGCGGAGAGUGUCAGCUUGAGUGAACCUCAGACGCGCGUUCCUUGGCAAUGCCUUACCCUGCUCUGGCACGUUGAGGACUGUCCCAUACAUAUAAAGGCACGCGUUAUGGCAUCGCGCGAACGUAGGGUCUCGCGGCCGCCUCUUAAAUAUGCCGCCCAGGAUGAGUAUUGGGACGGUGGCAGGCGGAAGGAUAACAGACCUCUCCGCCAGGUGUAUCGUCUCCUUAGACAGAAGGACGUUCGCAAGGAUCUUGCAGGCCAGGAGGUGCACGUAUACUGGCCAGAUAACCAGCAAUGGUACAGGGCCACAGUGGAAGAGGUUUCGCUUCAAAAGCCGGAGCCUACUGCGUACCUGCAUUACCCAGACACCGACGAGUAUGAAGACAUCGAUCUCAACGAGCUAAUUGACGCUAACCAAAUUGCUUUCAUUGAAACACGUUCAAUACACGCCAAGCUCAAGCGCGACGAGAUACCCGUCAAUGCCACCGAUCGGCUAACCGCGGUCUACGAGGAUGACGUUGAUGGCUCAGAAGGUGAUGGCCAAGACGACGCGGACAGCGCGAGCAGUGAUGAUGAGGGUGAUGAGCCGAAGAUGUCCCGGGAGCAUCAUCGACAGGUCCAGCGAUCCAAGAGACCACGAGAUGCCUCAUUCGACGGCGAGGGCCCUCAUAAGAGGCAAGUAGGCGCUAGCUUGGGCGAGCAUGAAGAUCCCUCCGCCGCCGUACACAACCAACUGCAGCACCUCCAGCACGGCAGCGUCUUUGGCGGCCACCACAUCCCUCCCGCCACCCCUGCCGCAGCUGGCGGGGACCCCUCCGCCGCCGCCCUCCCCCCCGGCGCCACCCCUGCCGCCACUGCCCUCCCCCCCGGCGUCACCCCCGCCCCCGACAGCGACAUGGCGGAGGCGGAGGCCUUCAAGAACAGCAUCAUCAGCGCCCUCAUGCACACCUUUGCGGGCGGCCCCGCAGCCCCCUCCACCAUGAUUCCCACGCCCUCGGGCGCCAUGAUGAUGCCCACACCCGGCGGCAGUGCCGGGCACCACACGCCGGGACCCAUGAUCAUGAUCCCCACGCCGGGGGGGGCCGGGGGGCACGGUCAUCAUGGGCACGGGCAUGGGCACGGUCACAGCAGCGGCGGCGGCGCGGGUGCGGGCGGAGAGGCGCCGCAUUCGGCCCGAGGAGGGGCGCCGGGCAGUGGUCGGCUCAGCAGCCUGCGACACCAAGCCAGCCUGCCCAGUGCCGGCAGCAGCGGCGGCGACGAGGAGGUUCGCUCCAAGGUUCGCGAGCAGCUGGCGGCAGCGCUGCAGCGGGCGGUGGAGGAGCUGCUGGCGGAGGGGUGCACGGAGGCGCUGCCGGCACCGGCGCAGGUGGCGGAGCAGGUGGAGGCGGAGCUGUACAAGCUGCAUGACAACUCCGUCAACAAGGACUACAAGGCCAAGGUGCGCUCGCUGUCCUUCAACCUCAAGGACAGCGCCAACCCCGAGCUGCGCGCGCGGGUGCUGCGGCGCGAGCUGGCGCCCGAGGUGCUGGUGACGCUGGGGCCAGCGGAGCUGGCGCGCAAGGAGCUGAGCGAGUGGCGGCAGAAGCGGCAGGAGGAGGCGGCCAAGAUGGUGUUUCUGGACGCGGAGACGGCCGCCAAGUUCUCCACGGCCGCGGCGGCCGCCCUGGCGCAGCGCCGCAUCAGCCGCAAGGACGAGGACGCGGCGGAUGCGGCGGGUGGCGCCGGCAGCAGGUCGGAGGUGUCCCCGGAGCGGGGAGCGGAUGCGGAGGAGGGAGACGCCGCCGAGGGCACCGCCGGGGCGUCGACGGCGGCGGCGGGUGAUGCAGCCGACGUCGCUGGUGGUCAGCACCACCUCCAUGCUUACUCGUUGUCUUCAAUGGAUUCGGCCGCCGCCGCCGACGUGGCAGCGUCAGGAAUGCACGUGACGUCAGCAGACCUGCCUCGUCGUACAUCUGUGACGUCGGCGGGCCACCCUGCUCCAGCGGCGGCGACGCUGGCGUCAGGUUCUGACAGCGGCGCGGCGGCGGCGAUACCUGCCGCCGCGACGGCCGUUGGAGCGUCCCCGGUCAAGCGGACGGUGCUGCGGGCGGCGCUGCCAUCCGUCGUCGCUGGCGGCGGCGAUGAAACUCCGCCGCGGACUGAUCAUGCGGGCGAGGACCAGGACGGAGAUGCGCCGUACGAUCCGGAGGCAGUGUACGACAAUGAGACGCCGUACGACCCGGAGCAGAUGAUGCCAGGUGACGAGCACAUGGAUAACGACCGCGAGAACGGCAACCCCGACAAUCAGGCUGAUGCUGGAAUUAUGAAUGAGGGCGAGGAGGGCGACCUGCCCGUGUAUGUGCCGUACGGUGCAGCGCCUGCGACAGCAGCAAAGCCAGCUGGUGCCCCCUCCGUCGCCUCUCUGCGUGGCGGCCCGGCCGCCCCCCCCCACCACCACCACUCCCACCACCACCAGCACCAUCAUGCAGCAGCCGGCGCCCCACCUGCAGCCGGCCAGGUGGAGCGGCAGUCCUCACUGUCCUCUCCGCUGCGCUCCCCGCCCGCUGCGGCAGUGGCGGACCUGGCCCCCGUCAUACAGCGGCAGGAGCUCGGGGAGGGGCCGAUGCAGGAGCUGCCACAGGAUGCUGUGGGCGAGCCGCUGUGGCAGGGCGUGCUGCGGGUGCCUGGCCAGCCCUCCGACCAGGUUGUGGUGGUGGAGGUGUCGUACCUGGGCGGCAGCGGCAGGCUGGGCCCCAUGCUGCGCUGCGCCGAGCCGCCCAAUGAGCUGCUGGUGAAGGGGCAGGUCAAGGUCUCCCGAGUGGAACAGUUUUUCGAGGAGCUCCGCCGCAGCCGCUCUCGCACCAUCACCCUGGCGCUCGUGCGACCCAUGGGUCACGACGCCGCCGCGGCAGCGGGACUGGCGGAAGCCGCAGCUGCUGCUGACGCGUGCGGUGGCAUGGCGGAGUUUGUGGCGCAGCACCGCAGCCGCACCGGACUGGCCACCCCUCAGGGCGCGCUGGAGGCGUAUCUGGUGACUCGCGGCGGGCUAGCGGCUCGGCUGCUGAAGACGGCGCGAGUGGUGUGUCCGGCGCAUCAGUUGGCGCUGCUGCCGGAGGAUAUCGGUGAGGACCAGCUGCUGCUGGCCAUGGUGCAUCCGCGAACCUGGGAGCCGCCGCCACACGCCCUCAUCGCCCCCGCCCCCGCCCCGCACCCCCAGCAUCACCACCAGCAUCACCACCAUCUGGAACAGCACCAGCACCACCAGCAGCCUCCUCAAGGCCAUCACCACCACCAGCCCUUCCCGCAGUCAGAGCCGAGUCCCGACCCCAGCCUGUACUUCCCGGCCGCUUCCGAGCCCCUGGACCUGUCCGGCGGCUCCGCAAUGGACCCUCGGCUGCUCCGAGCCGGCGUGCCGCCGCCGCCAGUAGCGGCAGACGUUCCGCCGUCGCAGGCGGCGGCGGCACCAGCCGCUGACGCCGGUGCGCCCGGCGGCUUGCCGAUCGACCUGGGUGCGCUGAGCGACCUGGCGGCGGCGCUAGGAAUUCCAGGAGGCGGCGGCGGAGCAGCGGCGGCGGCCGCGGCAGCGCCGCCUCCGGCGCUGCCGCCGCCAAUGGCGGCGGCCUCCCCACCUCCUCCUGCCGCCGGCGCAGCCACACAGCUGGUGACGAUGGUAAUGCAGAACCCGGACGGCUCCCUGGCCAUCGUCGCGGUGCCGCAGAGCGCAGCGCCGCUGCCGCAGCAGCCGCCGCCAGCUGGCCCGGUGCUGCUGCCGCCGCCCGCCGCCGGCCCCUCGGGCGGGCCUCCUCCUCCUCUCCAUCCGCACUCCCAUCCGAGUGGCGGCUAUCCACACGCCCAACAGCCCCCACCGCAUCAGCAGCAGCAGCCGCCACCCCUGCACCACGGCACCAGCCCGCACCCUCACCCCGAUCACGCCGGAGCUCCGCCACCGUACAUGCCGCCACCGGGCCACUCUGGGUCGUACGGCGAGCCGCCGCCGCCAAUGCACCGCGAGCAUCACUACCCGUACGGCGGGCCGCCAGGGCCACGCGGCGGCGGCGGAGGGCCUCCGCCGCCGUACAUGGAGGUCCCACGUGGGGCCCCUCCCCCGCACCACCACGGCUAUCCUGAGCCGUCGGAGCCGUACUAUGCCGGCAGCGGCGGACCCGGCGGCCCACCGCCGCCGCAUCACUACUCGCAUCACCCGCCGCAUGAGGCAGGCGGGGGCCCCGACGGCCGCCCGCCUCCGCCGUACGACUACCCCGGCUAUCCGCCGCGGCACGAGGGGCCUCCUCAUGGCGAGGGGCCGCAUGGCGGCAUGUACGACGAUCCGUACUACGAUCCGUACCACCGAGGUGGACCUCCGCCGCCGCAUGAUCCCUACCGUGGCGGCGGCGGGGGACCUCCUCCAGGUAGGGGAGGUCGGGGGCCGCCGCCUGGUGCACGGGGCUGGGGCGGCGAGCCGGGUGGCAGUCGGAGAGGCGGUGGAG